AUGGCGACUGUAGCAGGACCAGAACUUAAACCUAGACCGACAGAAGAUUCGGUCCUUGCCUCCUUUGACUCGAUCCCACUGUUCAUGAAAUCACUCCCCGAAGAGGACGGUGAAGAUGCGACUCUGGCAGCACUGCAAAGCCUGAUUUAUGAAGGAACACCGGAUGAGGUCGCGCAGAACUUUAAGGAGCAAGGGAACGAGUACUUCCAGGGAAAACGAUACCGCGAAGCUAUGGGCUUCUAUACACAGGGCAUCGACGCAAAGCCGACGGAUCAGGCUAUUCUGCAGGCAUUGUUAAGCAAUAGAGCCGCGUGUAACCUGGAAUUGAAGAACUACGGCUCUGUGUUGAGAGACUGUUCAAGGGUGCUGACUAUCAACCCCAAAUCGUCGAAAGGGUACUACCGCUCUGGUCAAGCCCUCGUAGCCCUCGGACGGGUAGAGGAAGCUCUUGACUGCUGUACUCGGUGUCUGUCGUACGACCCCGACAAUCAGGGAAUCAAAGCACUUCAAGAGCGAGCGACUAAGUCAAGGGAAGAAGCGGAGCGAAUAGAACGAAAAAAGCAAGAUGAAAAGCGAAAGGAGGAGUAUGAAAAGAUGGCGUUGAAGAUGGCUUUCCGAGAGCGAAACCUUGUUAUCUUCAACAAGCCGGGAGGAUCCGUCAACCCCGUCUCGCCACAUUUCGAUUCCGAAGAUCCUACAGCCUCCACGCUUGUCUUCCCCGUCUUCUUCCUCUAUCCCGAAUAUGCGACUUCGGACAUAAUCUCAGACUUCUCGGAAGACACCACAUUCGGCGCACAUAUAGAAACGAUGUUCCCACCAAACGCACCACCUCCUGCAUGGGAUAAGAAGGGUGAAUACACGGCAGGGAACCUGGUGAUCUAUGCGACAACGUAUCGGAGACGAUUGUUGAAAGUGGGCAAGAAGUUGUCGUUGCGGGAUGUCUUUAAAUCCUCCAAGGAAAAGGAAGGUCAGGCGAAAGAUGGUCUAGAGAUAAAGGAUGGCUGUCUGUCAUUUGUUGUGAUGCCGAAGGGAGUUGUGGAGACGAAAUGGGUGAAAGAGUUCAAAAAGACGAGAGAUAGUUCUUGA